AUGGAGCUCACAGAGCAUCUCCCUUUAGAGCUUAAGAAUUACACAAUAGCAAACGUCAGUCGUGACGUAUAUCUGAUCAUCGAACAGCCAAAUAUAAGCACUUGUUUGUUGUUUCUUAACUCAUUUAAAAGCAAGAAACUAAAACCAAUCGUAUAUCACUUUCCAUUUGCCACCGUCACCAUGGCGCAUAUCCUAGUCUUUCCAUUCCCAAGUUCCGGCCACAUUAUCCCCCUCCUUGAUCUAACCCAAAGCCUCCUCAGCCGCGGCUUGAUAAUCACCGUCGCUAUCACCACCAACAACCUCCCUUUGCUCAAUCCUCUCCUUUCCUCUACACAACAACUCCAACACUUACUACUUCCUUCCCCAUCUAUCAACCCUUCUGCUACUGCUCCUUCUAAAAACCGUCUCUUUUCCAUCUUGCGCUUCAUGCGUGAAACUCACUAUCCUAUCCUCCUGAACUGGUUCCAAUCUCACACUUCUCCUCCAGUUGCUAUUAUAUCUGAUUUCUUUCUCGGCUGGACCUACCACCUCGCUUCUCAACUCGGCUUGCCACGUAUCGUUUUCUCUCCUUCAGGGGCUUUUGCUUUCUCUGUUGGCGCCUCUACCUGGUCCGACCAGCCACAGAACGACAACCCUGAAAAUCACGAUUUUGUUGUGUCGUUUCCUAAUAUUCCCAAUUCCCCAUCUUACCCCUGGUGGCAAAUCUCUCACUUAUACAGGAUGCCUAAGGAUUCAGAUUGGGAGUUUUAUAGAGAUUCCAAUUUGGCUAACAUGGCGAGCUGGGGUGUCAUUUUCAACUCGUUCACUGAGUUAGAAAGAGUUUACAUUGAUCACAUGAAAAAUGAAUUUGGAAAUGUCCGCGUGUGGGCUGUUGGUCCAGCUCUGCCAUCCGAUGAUGAUUUAAUGGGACCCGCUGCUAAUCGUGGCGGGACCAGCUCCGUGCCAUGUCAUGAUGUGCUGACAUGGCUUGACUCUCAUCAUAAAGAUCACUCAGUCGUCUAUGUUGCUUUCGGAAGCCGUGCUAUGCUGACGUGUGAGCAAAUGAAUGAGCUGGCUGCUGGAUUAGAGAAAAGCGGAGUGGAUUUUAUACUGUGUGUAAGGCAACAAGGUGACUACGGUAUUCUGCCUGAUGGAUUCGAAGAUCGUGUGGCUGGGAGAGGUUUUAUUAUUAAAGGAUGGGCUCCGCAGAUGGCUAUCCUAAGGCACCGCGCAAUCGGCGCGUUUUUGACGCACUGCGGGUGGAACUCGGUGCUUGAAGGUAUAUCAGCAGGAGUAGUGAUGCUGACGUGGCCAAUGGGCGCUGACCAAUUUACAAAUGCACAGUUAUUAGUUGGUGAGUUGGAAGUAGGGAUGCGAGUUGGCGAAGCAACUCAAAAGAUACCCGAGUCAGGUGAGCUGGCAAGGAUAUUGAGCGAGUCGGUUGAGGAAAAUCGUCGGGAGAGAGUGAGAGCCAAGAAGCUGAAAGAGGCAGCGAGGAGUGCUGUGAAAGGAGGGAGCUCAGAAGCAGAUUUGGAUAGGCUAAUUAAGAGGUUGAACGAGCUUAAACUUGAAAAUGGCGGUGGGCUUAUGAUCAGCUCAAAUGGAGUGAAGAUAGAGAAAUAUGACACACAUAUAUCAUAAUUAAAAGCUUUAUAUACAUAUAACAGGGAUUGGUGUCAUGAUGCGUUGUAGCAGACUGGAGCAUAUGGAUUCUUAUUCAACUUUAUAUAUAUAUUGAAGAUCACACGCAUAUAUCUAUAUAUAUAUAGUUACCGGAGAAUUUGUUCGUCUCCCACCCAUUAAAGUUGAGAGGAGGAAGAAGAAACAGAAAGGAUGUCACAGAAGUCUUUGCAUCUGUAGGAUGGAAUUUCAUUAAACUGAUCUUAAAUGAAAGUAAAGUUUCUGAAUUUCUUUUUAAGAAUUCGUAUAUUCUUUUCUAUUUGUUGUGAACUAUAUUUAGAAAGUUUAGAAACCCAUAAUCCCUAAAUUAUUGUGCAUUUAAUGUUCAUAAUUGUUAUUAUUUUGACAAAACGAAAUGUCAAUAUUUCUUAAUAAAGUGCUCUUUCUUUUU